AUGUCGAGUUCAGUGCUACUCUGCUUCCGGAAGCCUAGUCUCCAGUCAUCUUCGAUAUCCGGCUCUAUUAGGCCACAACUUGACUCUGAAAAACGUGAAAAUGAAUUCAUCUAUGCACAAUCCCCCUUGAACUUGCUCCCAGAUCCCAGCCGGCACCAUGAGCUUACAGGAACCCGAGUGAGGCGCGACCUCGUCACGCCCCCAGCGUCACUAUGGAAUCGUAACCCACAAGCCCAACUCCCAUCGGAGCCCGGAGAAGUCGAAAGCCGUGUGAGUCAAGCCGUGCAAGAAUGCUCGGCGCAAGCCUCGCUCUCCCUUGAAUCUGCUCUAAAGAGCAUGUCAAGCGCUAUUGCAAGCGCCAAUCUGGCCAGCUCCGAUGCACAACAGUCUGCGGAACAGGCAAUUUCCCUCGCAAAUGUGUCAGCAAGUCGAGCCAUAUCGAGUGCAAUGGCCACACAGGUGGGUGAUAAAACAACUCUACAGACUGAGGCUACUGUGGGCUCGGCUACAGAGUCUAUAGCAUCAGGUGGAACUAGCCCAUCGAUGUUGCCAACAUCAACCUCUAAUCAAAUCCAAACCAAUUGUCCAUCGGCUCAAGCGACAAAUGUAAUCAGAAUGACUGGUCCACAACUAGCUCUGGCCAUCAUAGGUACUAUCAUCUUCUCGAGCCUAGUGACUUUCCUACUUUUCUUCUUCUUCCGACGCCAUCGGAGGCAGAUGAAAAACCAUGCACGUGACUUCCAGCAAAACUCACCUGAAGCUCAGCUCCGUGCCGCAGGAACCCGAAAUAUCGGUAGUGAAAUAGACAAGGGAGGUAAGAUUCUACUACGGGACGAGCAAGGUAUGCAACUAGUGAAGAAGCCCACGCUCGUUGACGUAUCCUUGAACCGAAGAGGUGAGGAGUCUAGGAGCCUGAAAAAGACCGUAGUUCAAUGGGAUCCAUCAAAGGGACCCACGGUCCUACCUAUCAAGCCCUUCUCAGAAUUAUUACCGACUAUUCCCGCGGCUCUAGAUACAACAGGUGUGCUGAUGACCGAUGAGACAGAGAAGUGUCUUACACCUGGGGAACAAGCAACACCAAUUCCUCUCAGUAAGUGUUACGAGGAAGACUUGGAAGAUGCAGCUGAGUCACCCGUAGCCUUUUUAUCGCCAUCCCCUCACGUAACUGAAGAGAGUAAACAAAUUCCGGCCCCACAGGCAAGCUUCCAUAGCUUGCCCACGACAGAGCAGCCGGUUCGGAAUACCGCCGAGUGGCUCGUUGCCCGUGAUGAAAACCUUGGAGAAUGCUUGGCGCCAGAUGUCGAUUCCAGCCAGAUUUGCACUGUCACUGAUAAGCCCCUUCCACCCAGUAAGCCGGAUAAUCAGGAAUAUUCACAUAGUAUCAAUACCUCAUGUGUAGGACUGGCCUUUUAA